UAUAACAUUUGCAAGAAUUUGGCUAAUAUUGUUGGGCAACGCUUUCAUGGUUUAUAUAAUAAGCGCACUUGCCACGCCCUAUUAUGAUGACGAUAAAAUUGAUAAUCUAGGUAAAUACGUGGUCUCCAUAAGAUCGCGCACACCCCAUCGCUACUAUGGUGACAAUCAUUAUUGUGGCGGCGCCAUAAUUUCCCGCUUGUUCAUUUUGACAGCCGCUCAGUGUGUUAUGGACCAUCGUUACGUUGUGUAUAGGGCGCGGUUUCUAUUUGUAGUGGCCGGCACACCCAACAGACUUAAGUUUGUGAGAGAUGAGAGCGUGGGUAUGCCGGCAAAGCGAGUGUUUGUGCCGGAGAGCUUUACGCUUUUGAAUAUGAAUAAUAUUGCACUUAUACUGCUCUUAGCGCCUCUGCCCGAAGACAAUCAACGCGUGGGGAUUAUACAAUUGCCCAAAAGGCCAGCCAUAGCAGGAGAAAUAUAUCAAGUAAUUGGCUGGGGUCGAGUCUUCCUGGGUGGAUUCUUAUCUUCCAAAGCGUUGAUUAUCGAUAUAGAUCUGCAGAACGAUACAGUUUGCAAGGACUUGCUGCAGGACUUUCAGCCAGGUAUGCUCUGCGCUGGCAAUUUAGAGAGCACUGAGGAUGAGCAUCCCUGCGCAGGUGACUCGGGCAAUCCCUUUAUGAGAAAUCUAACCGUAUAUGGCAUUGUUACAUACCAACUGGGCUGCGGCCAAGAACAUGUCCCCUCCAUAUACACGGAUGUAUAUUUUCACCUCGAUUGGGUAAAUGAUAUAAUGACCAAAAAUAGCUCUGGAGAAUUCAACAUUUGUUUACUCUAUGCAUUACUUAUGCAAAUUACAUUGCUUGCUACAUAAUGUUUCCAUAAUUAAUCAAUUUUAUAUGCUGUAA